CCAUUUUGUAUUGAAAGCAUAGGGCGAAUAGCAGUCCAUGAUAUGGUCUAAGAGCAAAAUACACCCAUAAUUUAUACCACCAUAACCAUAGUAACACCCCUCACUGCAACUCAUUAGAAACCAUGGAAACAUUAAAAUAAAAUACAGAAAAAGGUGUCAGUGCCAUUUUACUGCGCUGCAAAAAUAAACGAUAUGAGUUCAAAUUGGUUAGAAAAAGAAGAGGAAUAUCGUAAAUUAAAUGAAGAACUGCAAAAGCAAAACAAAAUAUUAAUGGAAGAAUUCGACGAUGUUUUAAAAAAACAAGCAAAUCGCCUCCAAGAGUCGCAAAACGUGUUUGCACCACAAAGAAGUUCUUUCAUACAGAACAAAGUAAAAUUGUUCGACCAGAAUGCGAAAGAAAAUUAUGGAAUGCCAGAUAAUAUUGAUAUUGCAAACAUACCAGAUAGUGUGGAUCAAAUGGGAAUUAAAGCAAUGUCCAGUUUUUAUAGAGCAAAAAUAAAAACAUUACAAGGCGAUAAUGAAAAAUUACAAAUUGAAUUCAAGAACAAAUGUCAAGAUCUACAAAAAAGUCAAAACGACAACAGUAAACAACAAGCGGAGAAGGACAAAUGGUUUCAAGCUUACAAUACAAAUAAGAUUACAAUUUCUAAAUUGGAAAAUCAAAUCACAACUUUAAAUGCAAAAUGUCAGUCAAAAGAGGUGGAAAAUGCGUCAUUACGUCGAGACAUAGACAACGUGAAAAAAGAACUUAAACAUAUAAGUUUAAAUGUAACUGGCGGAGAGGUACGUUUAAACAGAGCACUGGAAGAAAACGAGCGAAUGAAAAAUGAAUUGAAAAUGACAAAGCAAGAAGAAAAGCAAGUGAAAGAAUCCCACAAAAAAGAUCUAACUGAAUUAACAAAGACGCUACAACAAGUAGAAAAGCAAAAAAAUGAAUUGUUAGCUGCUUACAAAAAACAAAUUCAACUUGUAGACAACCUAAAACGGCAAAAGCUGUACAUAGAAGCAAUGAAGUUGGGUCAAAUGUGCGAGAAUGAAUUCCUAAGGAUUUUAAAUUGGAAAAUUGAAUGAGUUGUAUCAGAAGAGGUUUAAAUUUGUAGAAACAAAACGACCAACCACCAAAUGACGUCCAAAUAAUAUUUAAACAAUAAUAUGUAUAACUGUAGCAAUAUUUUAAAACAAUUAUUUCCACAUAGCUACUGUAAGACUAUUUUUGGAAAUAUAGUAUGUUAAGAUACAACUUCUUUAAAACAGCCUUCCAAAUAAUAUAACAUCUCUGUCCAUUGGAGCUCUUUAAGUCCCGCCUCAAAACAUGCUUUUUAUUGUCAGGAAGAGUUCAUGAAAAACUGUUAUGCGAUGUAAUAUGUAAAAUCGUACUCUGUUAGUUAGUCUCUAAAUGUACCUUUGUAUUUUGUUUGUAAUAUAUAUUUUUUUUCUAA